CCUCGUUGCUACCUACCAAAACCACCUUUACCACCAAGUCCGUGACCAGUCUAACAUGAAGAUAACCUUAAUAAGGCAGUGCACCAAGUUCAGGCUAGAACAAUUCCGCCACUCCCUCGUACUCACUCUGCUCGAAACCCACAAAAGAGAUCAGCAUCUUUUGAACCCAACAGUCAUUGACUCGUUCCGAGGUUAUCUUGAAGAGGUGAAUGUCAAGUCCAAGGCCACCCCGGGCUCCGUCCUCAUUACCACCGCUCAGGGUGGCUCAUUCUGCAGAGGAUUCGACUUCAGAAAGAAAAGGUGUAGAUUAAUGCAAUUACUCGUGACAAAUAAGUUGUGGUGUAUCAACUCGAUCAGGUAUGUCCGGUCCCAUGCUGGAGGCUCAGAGGAUAAAGCAUACAAAGAAAUGAAUGAUGGCUUCAAGGAUGUGGUAAAAGACUUGAUUUCCCUUCCGAUGCCCACCAUAGCAGCAAUUAAUGGCUAUGCAACGGAGGCAGGGCUGAUACUUGCUCUCAGCCACGACCAUCUCACAAUGAAGCAAGUCGUUGAGCCGUAUCUGCGAGCUGAGCUUUUGUCCAGGAAAAGGAGCUACCCCGGCUACUUCGCUGCCCUGAUCAGGUCAAAAGUAGGCUGCCCUUUGGCUCGUCGUAAAUUGCUGUUGAGGGACGUGCAGAUUGAUGCAGAAGAAGCAGCAAAGAUCGGACUUCUGGAUUGGAACCAUGAGGUUGCAAGCGAGAAGGAUGCCUUGGAAGUUGCAAAGACACAGGCAGACGAACUAGCGAAAAAGGAAUGGAAUGGCGAGCUUUAUGCUGAGAUGAGACAACUUUUGUAUCCCGAGCUGUGCAAGGAAUUGGAAUUGACUUCUAGCCAUAGUUGUUAAACUCCCAAUUCUUCUGUUACGGUCUUAAGAUUGUAAUAAUACUAGUAGUAUUGUAGUAAUAGCUAGUACCAUAAUAACACUUGCCGGUUUGGGAUCGCAUAUGCCUUGUGGUAUACAUUCAGCUUUCUCUUACUAUUGGAGUAACAAGAAUGAAUAUGCAGUUUUUGGGCACUCGAGAA